AUGGAGCAAAAACCGUUAAAAGAUGUUUCUUCAGAACCUCAGAUAGUCAAAGCAACCAUAUCCUUGUCAGGGAUGACCUGCGCAAGUUGUGUUAGGACUAUCGAACAAGCUCUGGAGAAAACAUCGGGUGUAUCGGUCCCAUCAAUUAGUGUUAAUUUACUCACAAGCAACGCCAUACUUGAAUUCGAUAAGUCGAAGACUUCCAUUGAAAAAAUAAAAAUGGCCAUAUGUAACAGCGGAUAUGACGUGGAGGAUACCAAUAUCAAAGAGGAAAUGCCGGAAUCGAAUAGGCCAAGUUCGAAAAAUAAUACCAUCAAUAUAACUCCUACCAAUGCUGAAGUUAAAAGUACAGUCACAAAGCUCUCAAUCUAUGGAAUGUCAUGCGCAUCUUGUGUGAAUACCAUUCAACAAACAGUUGAAUCGUUGCCUGGAGUGAUUAAGGCGAAUGUUAAUCUGCUUACAUCUGAAGCUUCCGUAAGAUACAACUCUAGUAAAAUCGGUGCACGUGACAUAAUCAAAGCAAUCGAAGAGAUAGGGUUCGAAGCUCACUUAUUAAAAAAAAAUUCUUUCAACCGAGAAGGUGAAAGUAACAUACGGAAACGUGCCAGAGCAGAACAAAGGAAACUUCUGAGACGAUUUAUUUUGUCCUCAUUUUUUGCCGUACCAACCUUUAUUGUUGCCAUGAUAUUCAUGUUGGCCUUACCAGAAACCAACCGAGUUCGCAUGGCAUUUGAAUAUCAAUUGGUUCCCGGUCUUGAAGUGGCCACUUUAAUCCUUUUUAUCCUUUCCACACCUGUACAAUUUUUACUCGGAUAUCCAUUUUACGUUAAAGGAAUUCGUUCU